CGGCUUCCUCUCUCUCUCCCUUUCUCCCUCUCGCUCUCUCUCUCUCUCCUCCUCUUUUCUUUUUUUUCUAUUUAUGAAAACGUCACUUCAAGUCCCUCCCUGUUUGAAUCUCAUUAGUUUCUUGUGUGUUUCUCCCUGUCAAUAAUCCCGAAUCCAGACUCUCUCUAUUUCCAUCCCUCUCUAUCUGUCAAUCAGCGCCGCCUUUGAACUGAAAACCACUCCGACCAACUUCAACUCUCUCAAUCCGAGCACCGCGGCUCCUUCUCCGGCUUCCCCUUUUCCACCAAGAGCGCCCUUCUUUUUUUCUUUUUGGGACUUUUUUUCUGUGGGACCGCGAACGCCACACGCUGUGUGUCUCUGCGUGCGGGUGCGUGCGUGUGUGUGUUUUUUUUUCCCCAACUGGAGGGGGGCAACGCCGCCAACGACACCCCCGAAGUCGCGGAAAGUGGCACUUUUUUCGACGGCGAGGGGUCCUUUUUCGAAAAAGAGCAAAAGUUUCUCCUUUUGGAGAUUUUCCCCCCACCACCACUACCGAGAGCAGCAGCAGCAAGCUAGCCGCCUUUAGUGAAGCUCGUGGGGGGGAAAAAGCGCAGCGACAUGCCGCAACUUAACGGCGGUGGAGGGGACGACCUGGGCGCCAACGAUGAGAUGAUCUCCUUCAAAGACGAAGGGGAGCAAGAGGAGAAAAUCUCAGAGAACUCGUCGGCCGAAAGGGAUUUAGCGGACGUCAAGUCGUCGCUCGUCAACGAGUCGGAAACAAAUCAGAACAGCUCGUCCGACUCGGAGGCGGAGAGACGGCCUCCGCCGAGGUCUGAAACUUUCAGAGACAAAACGCGAGAAAGUUUAGAGGAAGCGAAAAGGCAAGAUGGAGGGCUGUUCAAGAGCCCACCGUACCCGGGCUACCCGUUUAUUAUGAUCCCCGAUCUCAGCAGCCCCUACCUCCCCAACGGAUCACUUUCCCCCACAGCACGCACAUACCUCCAGAUGAAAUGGCCCCUGCUAGAUGUUCAACCAGGAGGUCUUCAGAGUAGACAAGCACUUAAAGACGCCAGGUCCCCGUCGCCGGCGCACAUCGUUGGGCCCUUCUGCUGGGAAUUCCCUGGACAGUCAGAUCUGAGCCUUCACCAAUUUCAUUUGUCGAAUAAGGUUCCAGUGGUUCAGCACCCUCACCACGUGCACCCUCUCACACCACUGAUCACCUACAGCAAUGAGCACUUCACACCCGGGAACCCUCCACCACACCUACAGACAGACGUGGACCCCAAAACAGGAAUUCCAAGGCCUCCGCAUCCUCCAGAUAUUUCUCCUUAUUACCCUCUGUCACCUGGCACCGUCGGCCAGAUCCCCCAUCCCCUAGGAUGGUUAGUACCACAGCAAGGUCAACCUGUUUAUCCAAUCACGACAGGGGGCUUUAGACACCCCUACCCGACUGCGCUCACUGUCAACGCAUCCAUGUCAAGUCUUCUGUCCUCUAGGUUCCCUCCACACAUGGUGCCCCCCCACCACGGUUUGCACACCACCGGCAUCCCGCACCCGGCCAUCGUCACGCCCAACGUCAAGCAGGAAUCCUCGCACAGCGACAUCAGCUCCCUCAACAGUUCGAAACAGUCGGAUGCCAAAAAGGAAGAGGAGAAGAAGAAGCAGGUGCACAUAAAGAAGCCGCUCAACGCCUUCAUGCUCUACAUGAAGGAGAUGCGGGCCAAGGUGGUAGCCGAGUGCACGCUGAAGGAGAGCGCCGCCAUCAACCAGAUUCUGGGUCGGAGGUGGCACGCGCUCUCCAGGGAGGAGCAGGCCAAGUACUACGAGCUGGCCAGGAAAGAACGACAGCUCCACAUGCAGCUCUACCCCGGCUGGUCGGCCCGAGACAACUAUGCGGCUAACCAACAGGGGAAAAGGAAGAAGAGAAAAAGGGAAAAGCAGCAAGCGGAGAGCAACGAACACAGAGAAUAUUUUCCAAACCCUUGCCUUUCACUCCCUCCGAUUACAGAUGCAAAUACCCCAAAGAAGUGUCGUGCCUUGUUCGGGCUUGACCAGCUGAGUUUAUGGUGCAAACCGUGCAGGAGGAAAAAAAAGUGCAUUCGCUACAUCCAAGGUGAAGGCAGCUGCGCCAGUCCUCCCUCCUCGGACGGAAGCUUCCCAGACUCCCCCCCGUCCUCGCCCUCCUCUGUGGUCCCGUCCCCUUCGCCAAAAGAGUCCAAACCUCAGACUGAACAAAUGCAACCUCUCUCACUGACUAUGAAAGCCGCCCACCAGCCGCUCCUCGCUCACCCGCACCUCCUGGCCGGGCCGCCGGAAAACCUCUCGACGGCGGCGCUGGGUGGCAAAACGCUGGCCCCGGAGCCCGGCGAGGUCCCGCCCUCGCGGCUACCGGGCCCCUCGGUGGUGUCCCCCGUGGCCCGGCCCUCGCCACUGCUGUGUCAUUCCCACUCGCUGCAGCCGCUGUCGCUUGUGACCAAGUCUAUCGAGUAGCGGUCGGAGCCUCUUUGUCCUUGUUUGCUUCUAGCCGCUGCUAGCUAGCUAGCUGUUGUUUUCUUUUCAACUUCAUUGGUCAAUAUUUGACCCGCCAAGGAAGCGUCGCGUUAUCCGGGAGCUGCAGCAAUAGCUCGUUAAAACUUCUUAUUUAAAUCCUUUGACUGGACUCAUGCUUGUUGAAGACGUCGGAGCCAGAAUUUCUCUGGUCCAAUGGCGAGCUCCGGAAAGGCACUUCAUCCGGGUCGUGGUCAUCGCGGCUGACGGUUGUUGAAAAAUCUUUCCACGGCUUUUUCACUUUCGCAUUUGAGUCCAGUUGCCAGGAUUUGCAGAUGGCCACGACUCCGAUGACAGACGGCCGAUGAGUUCUAAAUUUUUCCAGAGAAGCUUUUGGUGACGUGGGUGACUGAGAAUGGGUCCUACUUUGUAUGUUUUCUUUUUAAAUUUGGAACAACGGCGGACACACGACGAGCUAAAGGCUAGCGUUGGUUCUCGUUCUUUAUUUGUAUUAAAUACGAGCUUGCGAACCAAUCACACCCCUUCACGCAGCGCACCAGGGCGAGAGGCGAGCGGCGACGCCACACCGAGGAACAACUUUGAAUUGUGAUGUUACUUGUUUAAAUGUACAGAAUCGAACAAAAUGGGGGGGGGGGGGGCUGACGGGCUGGUCGGGUCGGGGAUACUAUGUUAAUUAUGCAUUCUUCCACUGCUUUUUCUUUGUUUACCUUUUCGGGGAGGGUUGGGGGUGGGUUUAUGGGUGGGUUGUCUCAAGGGGUCGUUGGAUUGAAAACGUCACCACGCUAGGACCAGUAGUAUUUAUUGCUUUAGAGAUUUUGAUCGUUGUAUCUUGUAUGUGUCUCUUUUCUUUUUUGACCUUUUAUUUCCUUUUUUUGUAAUGUUGUACAAAAUACUUUUUCUUACGGUAAGCACUACCUACACUAUAUAUAUAUAUAUAUAUAUAUAUAUAUAUAUAUAUAUAUAUAUAUAUAUGGAAAAUGGAUCUCAUAUAUAUAUAUGAGAUCCAUUUUUACAAGGUUUUAAAAGGCCUAUUUUUUUUUCCGCCCCAUCUUUUUGCGCAAAGCCAGAUUCCGCUCUCGUCUCACCCAGCCAACGUAUGCACAUAUUUGGAAGAACGCGUCGAUAAGCCAUCGUCCGAACACGCAGUUCCUGUCGUCGUUUUCUGACUGUUGAUCCGCCGUGUACAGAUUUUUUCCGUGCCAAAUUUUAGGCGACGAUUUCAUCUGCGCUCCCACCCCUCACCCAGAUCAGACCAGAUCACGCUGUCAGGAUCCUCUUCUUAUCCUAUGAGUUCAACGCCAUCGUUUUGCUGUGACGUUACAUAGAAUGCUAUGUAUGUAGUAUAAAUGUUGCUAUAACAAAUGUGUUUGGUAGCAAAUUGUCAAAUAUUAAAAAUUUAAACCUAAUUAAAAAAAAAAAAAAUGACGGGCAUCAUACUGUAUAAAACCCACACGGGCCAAAUUCUGUAUAUUAGGAGGUUCAUAAAAAAACUAUCAAAUAAGAAAAAAAAAAAACACAAAACUGCCACUUUUAAGGACACUACUACAUAUAGGUAGGUAGGAAAAAAAAUAGGCAUGUUGAUGUUGCAAGAGGCUGUAAAAUAUUAACGAGAAAAAAAAAAAGCUCCAUCCACUCGGUGCCAUUGUAGUUGACAUGACGCGACUGUAAUAAUCUGUCGAUUUCUUCUCUGGUUUAUUAAGAUGCUAAUGAUAAAUAGUUUGAAUGUUUCCUUAACGGCUGUGAUGUUCCUGUUCUCUUUUCUGCUCUUUUCUUUUCUCUGUUUGUCUGUUUCUUUCUUUCUUGCUUUCUUUCUUUCUUUCUUAAUUCCUGUCCUUUUCAAAUGGUUUGGCGAAACCAUGAUUUUUGUAAUGAAUCAAUGUUAAUGCUGUACAGUCUCUGUAGCAUGCGGUUCUGUAUUAAUAAAAGCAACUUAGUAUGUG